GAGUGUGAUGAGAUGAGAUGAGAUGAGAUGACGAGAAAAAUGGAAAAAACAGGUCAUUGAGUUACCAUUUUCUCUCUUCUAGAGGGAAAGAAACAGAAAGAAAGAGAAAGAGGAGGUGAAUGAAGGAGACCGCGGAUCAGGUUUGACCAUCUCCUCCUUCAUUUUCCAUCCUCCUUCUUCCUUCCUCUUUCUUUUUCCUUCCUUCCCAAAACCCUCCCUCUCUUCCUUCCUUCCUUCAACAAAUUACCUCAUUCAAUUUCAUUCAUGGGUAAUUGUUGCAUAACCCCAGCGGGUUUCAACAAGAAGGGGAAGAAGAAGGAGAAGAAAAAGAAUCUUCCGCCGCCGGUGGUGGUUCUGAAGGAGCCGACGGGGAGGGAGAUAGGAGUUCGCUACGAAUUGGGGAGGGAAUUAGGGAGAGGGGAAUUCGGCACAACGUUCCUGUGCAAGGACAAGGAAACAGGGGAGGAGUAUGCAUGCAAGACAAUUUCCAAGGAGAAGCUCAGGACCGCCAUUGAUUUGGAAGAUGUCAGGAGGGAGGUGGCGAUCAUGCGCCACCUUCCUAAACACCCCAACGUCGUCACAUUGAAGGACACCUAUGAGGACGACGGCGCCGUUCACCUCGUCAUGGAGCUCUGCGAGGGCGGCGAGCUUUUCGACCGCAUCGUCGCCCGCGGCCACUAUACCGAACGGGCCGCCGCACUUGUCACCAGAACCAUCCUCCAAAUUGUCCAGAUGUGCCACAAAGAGGGUGUGAUACACCGGGAUCUCAAACCUGAGAACUUUUUGUUUUCAGACAAGAAGGAAACGGCAACUCUGAAGGCUAUUGACUUUGGUUUGUCUGUUUUCUUUAAACCAGGUCAAAGAUUUGAUGAGAUAGUUGGAAGCCCAUAUUACAUGGCUCCUGAGGUUUUAAAGCGAAAUUAUGGCCCUGAAGUAGAUAUCUGGAGUGCUGGUGUAAUUCUGUACAUUUUAUUGUGCGGUGUCCCGCCGUUUUGGGCAGAAACUGAACAGGGAGUUGCUCAAGCUAUCAUACGAUCUGUUGUUGAUUUUAAAAGGGAGCCAUGGCCUAAGGUUUCUGAUAAUGCGAAAGACCUUGUGAGGAAGAUGCUUGAUCCUGAUCCAAAGCGUCGGCUGUCUGCGCAAGAAGUGUUAGAUCAUCCAUGGUUGCAGAAUGCACAGAAAGCUCCUAAUGUUUCAUUGGGAGAAGCUGUCAGAGCAAGGCUCCUGCAAUUUUCUGUGAUGAACAAGCUGAAGAAAAGAGCACUGAGGGUGAUUGCAGAGCAUUUGUCAGUAGAAGAAGUCGCUGGAAUAAAAGAGGGAUUCCAGGUGAUGGAUACAGGGAAUAGAGGAAAGAUUAACUAUGAUGAGCUACGAGUCGGUUUGACUAAACUAGGUCACCAAGUUCCUGAUGGCGAUGUCCAAAUACUUAUGGACGCUGCUGAUGUGGACAAAGAUGGGUUCCUAGAUUAUGGAGAGUUUGUAGCCAUUUCUAUUCAUUUGAGAAAGAUAGACAACGACCAGCACCUUCACAAAGCCUUCCAGUUUUUUGAUCAGAACCAAAGUGGAUUUAUUGAAAUUGAGGAGUUGGGAAAUGCCUUAGCUGAUGAGGUCGACACAAACCAUGAAGAAGUCAUUAAUGCAAUUAUGCAUGAUGUAGACACAGAUAAGGAUGGAAGAAUAAGUUAUGACGAAUUUGCUGCAAUGAUGAAGGCUGGGACAGAUUGGAGAAAAGCAUCAAGACAGUACUCGCGAGAGAGGUUUAACAGUCUAAGCCUGAAACUAAUGAAGGACGGGGCAUUGCAAAUAAACAACAAAGAAGGGUAGAUGACUUUAGAAAAUGGCAAAUUUUAGUCGUGAAAAGGCAUAUAUGAUAAAGGGGAAGGCAUCCCUUUUUCCGUUAUCCCUUCAUUGUAAUUCUUUUCUUUUUCUCAUAUCAUUUCCAGAAAAAAAACCUCAUUUUUGGGGUGAAUUAGGAUAUAGGCCUGAGCAGUGAUUUCUGCGUGGUUUCCAGUUUUUCCGUUUUGGGGUCCUUUUUGGUUUGUUAAAAGGUUUCAUUGGAGAAAGGGCGAGAACGGGAUGACUGUACAAGACUGCAUGUCAUGAAAUUGUGACUGUAAAUAUUUUGAAAUACUAACGCCUGCAGAUAAUAGAUAAUAGUAUACAAUACAAUGCAAACAUUCAAAGGCUUCAAAA